AUGGUAAAUGAUCGAAUUUCGGUAGGCAAAGUGAAAUUUACUCAGGUCCAAGUAUCCCAAUGGUCUGAAGAUGCACAGAAGUCAUUGCAAAGUGCUCAGAAACUUUGCUCGAUUGCUCAAACUCAAUUGAACGAAACGUAUGAGGAUUUGGGUGUACAAUUACCCAACGAUUUGGAAGUCGUUGAGCUUUUAUUUGAAGGGUAUCAAAGGCAAUUGGAUAUGGUAGGUCAAGUAUUGAAACGAAGUGAAUUAUUGUUAUCGAGAGACGUGGAUAGUGUACUUGUUGAAAUCGACUCCGACCUCAACCCCAAAUUAAAUGACUUGAGUACUAUUCUCAAACAAAUGGAGAACACCAUAGUCCCCGAUUUUGUUCAAGUGAAUGGGAUGGAAGGAGAUAAGCGACUUUAUGAUUUUUUAGCAAUGGAGUCUACUCAAUUCAUACAAAAUAAUAUUGAGAUAUAUAAACAAAAUUGCAAAAAGGCUUCAGAAAAAUUAAACCUCGAGAUUCAAGUGCUUCGAGAUGAACAACAUAAACUUUUGCACUACCAGGGUACAAUUCAGAAAGAGUAUGAACUGCUCGGGCGCUUACAGUUGGAGUUGAAACUGGCACAAGGCGAUAUGAUUGAGUCCAAAGGUCAAGAGGGAGUGAUUUUAAAAGAAAAUCGAGCCUUGGAAAAUGAGUUGGUAUCUUUAUUGGAGAUGAUGACUAAUCAUUACGACCAAUGCAAGAGUGCAGUUGAGCUUUUAUCCAGAGGGGGUAGCACUGAGCACACGAAAAUUAACUUGGAUGUCCUUGAAGUAGACUCACAGGAAUUAGACGAUGUGUUUAAAGAGUUAAAGGCAGUGUCGGAGAUAACAUCGACAAAUUCGGCAAAGUCUAAGCGUUUAUAUAAGCAGUACAACGAGCAUAUCGUAAAAUGUACUACUUAUAUCAAAGAGGAGUUGGAAAAGAUUAGACUGUUCAAGACGAACAAAGUACCUCAAUUUUUAAGCUUUUUUCAAGAGUGUAAAAAUGUCUUUAGCAAGUGUUCAAUUGUCGACGAAGAGUUGAAAGACCUUACUCCAUCACAAGUAUAUGCUGAGACAAUAUCGCAGUUGGUGUUUCAUUAUACUAAAUUUCUUGAUGUUUACAAGACAAAGUAUUUAGCAGAAUUACACCAUGAACAAUAUUCGUUCCCCAAGAAGUUUUUGAAAAGGAUUGAAGAUUUCAUAAAUGAUGAAGUUUAUAGAAUGCAAUCGGAGGAAAUAAACCAUCGUAAGAGGUGGUUGGAUAAAUACGAAGAAUUUAUCCCAAAAGAGUUUCAGCUCCCAGGAGAACAAGAAAUACCCAUGGUGGUGCAAGUUAUUACUGAAGGGCUAGAGCAUAUACAACGUGAGAGUGGCGUUGAGGGUUUUAAUCAAGGAGAGGAAAAGCGUUUGCUAGAUUUAAUGAAGCGAUUAAGAACUCAAGAUCAAGGUGAAUGA